GCGACCGCACAGGACGGACGAACAUCUGGGCAGGACUUUUGCUUUUUGUUUGUUUGUUUUUUCAUCUCCAACAUUUGCCACGUAUCCAUCUGUUCGCAACUAUAUCAGCUUUCCUGUUGCUAACGACAAACAACAUAACUUUUACCGGUAUUUAUAUCCAGAAUAAUUAAACAACAAUUUAUUAAUUUAUUAGCGGCAUUAUAUCAACAAACAUUGUUUUAGUAUCCAAACUUUUGCCGUCGCACAUUUAAUCUGAAUCUAGAUGUUACAUUCCGUACACGAUUUCGUCAUCAAUAUAUUGAUUUUUAGAAAUUUAUUUUAGAGACAAAUACGUAUAUAUAAAUAUACAUGUGUAUAUAUAUACCUAAAGUACAUAGAAGUGUAUGUCUCAUCACUGAUACUUCAACUUCUGCACUUCUGAUUUAAAUAAGAAAAGCUUUUUGUAGUUGGGAAGUGUUUACAUUGUGAGUGAGUGCUUGUUUUAAUUACGUAAAGUUUCUAAUUAUGGUAUUACUUAUCACUCCAAACUAAAAGAAGGAAGUAAAGAAAGAUAUGACAUAGAGCCGAACACGAAAGGAAUAAUCGCACCAAACUUUAAAAACCAACAUAUAUAGUAACAACAAAAACAAGCACCACCAUUACUACUACUAUUACAACCACUUCCGACUCUGACCAUAUUAACUUCUGUUACUACUAUUAUAAGAAGUCUCUCACGGUUAAAAAAAAAGUACAGCAGUAAUAAGAUUAAGGAACCACAGCGAAGGGGACAAUAGAAAAUAAAAAAGAAAAGAUAAAGAAAGAGAGAGAGAGACGAAUUUCUCAAAUUUUAUAAUUCUUUAAUCGCUGUUUUUGUGUGUUGUACGAGGAAGCAAGGAAUUUUACCAUAAUUAGCGCCGUCUUUCUGUGUUUUUAUUUAUAUCGCUUCUAAACAGUUGUGAUUUUUAUCUCUUGUUUAUAUAAAUAUCUCGUGAACUAACCAACACUAGCGAAAGAUUGUUUUGAAAAAGAUUUAAUUUAUCGGUUGUUUACAAAUAUUAAUUGGUAUUAAUAACUGAAAGAUGAGUUUUGGAUCUUCAAUUUAGGCGUGGCUUGUGGUUAAGAAGUUCACUUUGCAACCACAUGGCUUGAGGUUCAAUCCUAAGGAACAACACCUUGGCACCUGUUACGAUUAGUUACUGUCAAAGUUCCAGCAUGCUGCUGUCAAUUCUGUCAGUGCUAACAGCUGUUUCAACUUGCAUCAUACCAGCAUCUGGGCAGCAAACAUGUCAGACUGAAAUUCUACAGAACAGUACAGUUGAUAUUGACAAAUAUUUAAACAACGAACUUCACAUUCUUGCUACAUUCGCCACACUGCCCCCAGAUGCUCUUUCAAAUUGCAUACUUCGAUGUUGUAAUCAAAGUAACUGCUCAUUGGCCAUUCAUAAUGCCACUGAUAACCAUACGUGCACUCUGAUUCAUUGUGUAUCUGAAGAUGCCUGUAAACCAAUUCCAUCUGAUGGGAGUGAAAUGGUAAAAACUAUUAGAAAUAACAUCACAACCACAGAAAGUUUAUCUGAAAACCAAAGUCAGACCACUGAAUCAACUUCGGAUACUUCCACAACUGCAUCUGGAAUCGGUUUGUCAACAAGUAGCAGAGGUGACCAUUCCACUUCUUCACAGCAAUCCACAACUCAAGAUUAUAAUGAUUUUUUAACAUCAAAUAUUGGUUACCCAAUUACUGAAACAUCUCAAUCAACCAAUGAAGUUUUGUCAACCACUCUUAGUGUUUCCACCAGCUCAGUUCCAUCCGGUCAGGAUCAAACCUCAACAACUGAAAGUACAUCAUUACAAAAUACAGACAUAUUUUCUACUAUCCCUGCAAACACCACCAAUCAAAAUUCUAUAUUUAGUAGCACCUCACCCAGUAAUUCUACAAGCAGCUCUUCCAACAUGACCACCACCAACCCUGAAGGAACGACUACCAAUUAUAAUAAUUUUACUGAAAGUUUCAAUACAACAACAACAACUACACUUAUAAACAAUGCAACCGAGAGUUCGAAUUAUACAAUAAUGUCUGUAACUCCAAAUCUGUCAGAGAAUGGAAAUGUCAGUGUAACAGAUGAUGUGAAUGUUACAUUUUCUCAGAGUAACGACACAGAAAACUCUACAAUAGAUGAUUCUACUGAAAGUUUCUAUACAACAACAGCUACACUUAUAAAGAAUGAAAGUGAUAUUGUGAAUUAUACAAGUACUUAUUCUUAUCCUAAUUCAUCAAAUGAUAAAUAUAUGAACGUAACCAUAGAUGAGAAUACCACAUUUUUUCAGAGUAAUAACACCGUAAACUCUACAAUAGAUUCUAACCUCAACCAAAAUGUCACUUCCUCCAAACAAGAAACUUAUUUGAAAAAUGAAGCAGAUUCAAACAAUACGCUUAUGAUAACGGUUCUAAUUGGGACUUUAUCAGUUGGAACUCUUCUCUUUGUUGCCGUAAUUGUGGUCAUCAGCAAAAAAAUAAUCGAUGGCUGGCAGAAGCGACAUUAUUCUAGAAUCGAUUAUUUGGUCAAUGGCAUGUACAACUAAGCUGAUUUAAGAUCUACAUACGCAUGCACAGACAUGUAUAAGUACAUAUGUACAUACUAUAUAUAUGCCUAUACACAUACAUACAUCCACAUUAAAAUCAUAACUAGUCUUCCAACUAAGACAGUAUAAUUCUUUCAUAUUUAUGCGUAUUCUUUAAGUUCCUUUAAACCAUUAUCUUUAAUUGAAAUUAUGACCAAACUGGGGUUAAGGUUAAAUAACUGUGAUAAAAGCCAGAGAUCAAGAAAUACAUUUCUGAGGGAUUUUUGUUGUAGAUGAUACCAAGUUUGAUGACAUUUAAGACACUUUAUUUUCAAAAAAUGCCUUAAAGAAACAUGUCACUUCAUGUCCCUAUAAGCUUUGAUGCACUAAGUACUAAUUUUCCUGGAUACGUGCAACUGAAACUGAAGUGCAUCUAAUAUACCUAUAAGCCUUUUAUGCCAUCAAUUACGGUAAUUUUUUAUUGAUAUUUUCUUAAGCCAAUGUUUUUCAAUAUGAUGAAAGAUUAAGGUGAUGGAGUGGAAUAAACUAUUAGGGACUUGGA